UCCUCGACCUCGCCGUCCCCGCACGCCGUCGCCUCCGCCGGCCGCCGCGCAUCGCUAUGGCAGCAUUAUCAGGGAAGACCAUUCAAAAUGCAUUCUUGGCACAACAUCACCCACGGGCUAGUCACAGCACAAGAAAUCUGAGUGACUUUCGUGCCCUCGAUACCCGCAGCAUGCAUUCUUUCCAGGAAUGUAGAUUAAGAUUGGUUGUUACUUCAGCCAAGCGGUUAAAUACAAUAUCAACAUGGAUUAGCUCCGGCAAACAAGCACACAUUAGCUGCAAUGCUGCUCAAGGUAGCAGUGUUAUUUCAUCCUCUGAGAAAGUUGAUUUUUUAAAGCUCCAGAAUGGCAGUGAUAUUCGUGGUGUUGCUGUUGCUGGGGUCGUAGGUGAGCCUGUAAAUCUCACAGAGCCUGUUACUGAAGCAAUAGCUAUUGCCUUUGCUGCAUGGUUAUUAAACAAGAAGAAAGAAGAUGGAUGGAGACGCUUAAGAAUUUCUGUUGGACAUGAUUCUCGAAUUUCUGCACAGAAAUUGCAGAAUGCAGUUACUCUUGGAAUUACCAAUGCAGGACAUGAUGUUCUACAAUUUGGAUUGGCUUCAACGCCAGCAAUGUUCAACAGUACACUUACAGAAGAUGAGACAAAUCAUUGCCCAGUUGAUGGAGCUAUAAUGAUAACAGCAAGCCAUCUUCCAUACAACCGGAAUGGGCUCAAAUUUUUUACAAGUGACGGUGGUUUAAAUAAGGGUGACAUCAAGGAUAUCUUGGAGCGUGCUUCUAAAAUAUAUGAAGAAUCUUCUCAUGGCGACAUACAAGAAUUAGAGAAAGCUCCAAAGGGAGAAGUGAAUAUUGUUGACUAUAUGUCAAUUUAUGCAUCCGAUCUUGUUAAAGCAGUCCGUAAAUCUGCUGGAAAAAAAGAAAACCCACUGGAGGGACUGCACAUAGUUGUGGAUGCAGGGAAUGGAGCGGGUGGCUUUUUUGUGGAUAAAGUACUCAAGCCAUUAGGUGCUAUUACUACCGGGAGCCAGUUCCUAGAGCCUGAUGGCAUGUUUCCAAAUCACAUUCCAAAUCCUGAGGACAAAACAGCAAUGAAAGCCAUCACACAAGCUGUGGCUGAGAACAAGGCAGACUUGGGCAUCAUAUUCGAUACUGAUGUUGACAGGUCUGCUGCUGUUGAUUCAAGUGGUCGUGAGUUAAACCGUAACCGACUGAUUGCUUUGAUAUCUGCUAUAGUUCUUGAAGAGCAUCCAGGAACUACAAUUGUGACAGAUAGUGUGACUUCAGAUGGGCUGACUGCAUUUAUUGAAAAUAAACUUGGAGGGAAGCAUCAUCGUUUCAAGCGAGGGUACAAGAAUGUAAUAGAUGAGGCUAUUUGUCUGAAUACUACUGGUGAGGAGUCACAUUUGGCUAUGGAAACAAGUGGCCAUGGAGCACUGAAAGAGAAUCACUGGCUUGAUGAUGGAGCAUAUCUUAUGGUUAAACUUUUGAAUAAACUUGCGGCUGCCAGACUAUUGAAUCCAAAUGCUGGUAGUAAAGUUUUGACUGAUUUGGUUGAAGGCCUUGAGGAGGCUUCUGUGGCAGUGGAGAUAAGAUUGAAGAUUGAUCAGAAUCAUGCAGAUUUGAAAGGCGGGUCCUUCCGUGACUACGGAGAAGCUGUCUUGAAACAUUUAGAGAACACAAUCAGUAAAGAUAAAAAUCUCUGCAAAGCCCCAAAGAAUUAUGAAGGCGUACGAGUUUCAGGAUAUGGUGGCUGGUUCUUAUUGCGGUUAUCCCUCCAUGACCCAGUUCUCCCCCUUAACAUAGAGGCACCGAGCAAGGAUGAUGCCAUCAAGCUUGGACUUGCGGUGCUUACCGCAGUAAGUGAAUUCCCAGCGUUGGACAUAACUGCACUGAACAAGUUUUUGCAGCAGCAGUGAUGGUAGGACCCAUCGCAUGCCUUUGUUGAGCCGGGAUCAGACAAGCACCUACGCUAUAAAGAGAAAUACUAAUACUUGCUUUCAAGCAUACACAAAUGUACUCCUGACUUGGGUGUCUUUGAAUUAUUUGGCUUUACUCGAUGUCUACUUGCUGAGGAAAUGCUCGACAAGGACGACUACCUUUCAUGUUUUAAAGAAACACAGAAGGCAGUGGUCAACACGUCAAGAAAUAUUACAUCGAUGUGUAUUGGGAUUUGGGAUUUGGGAUUUAAGUGUCGAGACCGGAGUUUGGGAGGUUUUGCAAUGCAGGUCCGUUUCUGGAACGAUUUUGUGAUCAAAUGAAAGAAUUUCUUGUGCGC